GGGAUCUGCAAUGAGCUGGUCUCCGCGCCUGCCAGACUCCGGGCGCUGCAGCCCCUCUCAGACAAUGUGCCUUGCUGGGUUCGCCACCGAUCCCGUAACAAGUAAAUGUCCCGGGGAGAGGGGGUGGUUUUCAUGUGGUUAUUCCCCUUAGUGCCCCGGGAUCCAAGCCUUUGUGAGAGCGUCCUCCCAGGCAGGGCAAUAGGAUCUACCUGCCUGUUCCUGCUGGCUGGUGGGUAUUUGGCUUCCUGUUUCUCCACCUGCGGCGUCCUCAUUGGUUAAGGUCUCUGACUAUCAGCUGACUGGCUGCUUCACCUGCUGUGUGUAAGAGUACUGGGAGAGCCCAGUAUUUGCAGCACGGGUGUUUCUCACUGGCAUUGCUGCUAGACUGACAUGAGCAGGAGGAAGAAGGCUUCAGCACUGGGAAUCCCCUUCAUUCUAGCCAGCAUCCGUUUUUGAUUCACUCCAACCUGAAACCCAGCCAGACAUAACACAGUUUUGGUUGCUGCACAGUCUGAGACGUUACAGAUUAGGUGGAGACUACAACAAUGGUUCUGCUUCCUUUGGUAUUGCCAAUGCUGCUCACCUUCUCCAGUAACAACGUGGCGGGAGCGAGAGAUCAAGAGGUGUUUUGUGGAGCUUGCAAGGCAUUGGUCGAUGAGCUACUGUACGACAUUAGGAAGGUGAAUCCAAAGAGGACCAUUGAUGUGGGGUCAUUCCGAAUAAGCCCUGACGGCACACAAGAGAGGAGUAAGGUUCCUUUAGUAAAGUCAGAGACCUACUUAACGGAAAUAUUGGAAAAUAUAUGUGAUAGAAUGAAUGACUACCAACUGCAAGUGGAUCCUCAAACCCAGAAAAGAACAUUCAAGAGAUUUGCUCCUAGGAAAGAUGAGAAAAUCUAUGCAGAUUUUAAAAAAUUCCAUUUUUAUUCUGAUGCUUACAAACCUUUGAAAUUUGCGUGUGAAAGUAUCAUAGAAGAGUAUGAAGAUGAAAUUUUCUCACUUAUCGCCCAAGAGUCAGACUAUCUAGUUGACAAGCUGUGCAGUGAAAAAUCAGGUCUUUGUGAAGAAUCUGCUACUCAUGCUGAACUAUAGCAUCGAUAAACUAUUAAUUUUACAAAGUGGAGUAAGAUGAAAACCACAAAAAAAAUCUUCCUGUGAAAUCAAAUACUGAUUCUCUGCCUUUUUUAUUCCCUGUAUUAUCUUUUAUUUUGUUACCUUUAUAUUUUUUGAUGUGCAUGAGUUCCUGUUUGUUUAAAUUUUGGAUGUUUUCAUAUUAAAAUAUUUAAACUGAAGUUUGGGCCAUGCAGUUUAAAUAAGGAUCUUAGAUUUAACAUGUAAUUUAACCAUUGACCAUUUCUAUGCGUAAAACAAUGCACAUCUUAAGAUAUUCGUGCUAGGUGUGUUUUGAUAAAGCCAAUGUCUGGUUGUAAAAAAAAGUAUUGUGUGAGAAAAAUUAUGACUCUUAUUUAACUAAAACAAGUAUUUAAAUACAAUUUAAGUACACCUAUUAUUGUUCCUGUGUAUUUGUCCUUUGUUUUAACAAAUGGUUGAUUUCUGUGUACUUCCAAAUAUACAUGAGCAAAAUCUUACUAUAAAAUAGUUUUGAGUACUUGUUAGCUUUCUAAUCUCUAUGGAUGAAAGUGAGAUUCUUUCCAAAUAUUUAUCCUUUCCUUUAUAAAUUAUGUAAGUUAAUGAAACAUACCUGAUUUCUUUAAAACAAGCCAUUCUCUUAAAAUUUCCAACUCUAAGUUUCAGAACUUAAUGUAUAAUAAAAGUUGAACAAACACUGAAAAAUUUAAUCUGGUGACAAAGCACUGCUGAUGCAUGCUGUAAAUGUUCAAAAAGUCUGCAAUCAAAAGAUAUUAAAAAGUAGUCUUAUUUAAAACUAAUAAUUUAAUGUAAUGACAUUCAGAUUUUAAACAAGCUUUUCAAAUACAGAAACAUGAAAAUACCUUUAAUAUACUCUAUAUAAGUAAAAUGCAUCUACUCAUUUACUUUUAAUGCAAGAGUUAUUAACUAACACAAAGUUUUUCUUUAUAGUUCUCAAUAUUUUAUAAUAAAAUUGUCUAGUACAGUAGCUAUGGGAUAUAUUAAAAAUCUAGCUAUCAAAAUCUUUGUUAACAGUCUGAAAAAUUCUGCUUAAAGUUAUUUGUCUUUGAUUAUUAAAAAUACAUGAGUGCUUUCUGCAGUCAUUUUAUACACAGAACACCAAUAGUUGUAAAUUGGAAUUUAGUGUGUGGAAUAUUUCCCAUAGGAUGCCAGAUGAGACUAUUUGGUUAGGUCUCAAAUAUCCUGUGAAAAUAUUAUUUUGAAAGACUGAACAACUUUGUUGUGUUUUUGAAAUUUCCAGGAUAGCUCAUUCAAAACAUUAAGAAGGUUCAGUAAAAUGUUCAGAGGAAAAGAAAUGGGGUUAGCCUAAAAAGAGUUCUUAAAAAUGUAUGUAACUAUAGUUGCAAUUUGACUACCACGUAAAGGAUAUAAGAUGGCUUACAGCAUUAUGCAAACAAAUCAUUCAUAGUGACUAAAAAAUAUAAGUAUUAGCAUCUGUGAAAGUUUCUUUUAAGCUUAUUUACAAACAUUUAAACAUACAAAAUGGAGUAUUUAUAAGCCAGGCACAAAUUCUCAAAUGGCGUAAAUUGGCCUAGCUCCAUAAAGUUAUGCUGAUUUACAUCAGCUGAAUAUCUAACCCCAUACGUUUAUCACACAAGGAUGUUUUAUAUGACUUAAUGUUCUUUAAAAGUGUUCUACUUUUUAAAAAAUAUGGAAUAUUUUGCCAUCUCCUGUUGGCAGCUCAGUUUUAUAGAAUAGAUUAGCAAGACUUACUGUUUGAAUACAACAAAGCAAUUGUACUCUAUAAAAGGAAAACAUCUGCCAUAGUUAAAAAACAUUUCUCAUUUUUCAAUAAUAUAGUUUAACUGUAAACUGGCAUGUAUAUAUUAAUAUUCCACCAAGAGCAAAAACAGUUACAUUGUUAUAUUUCUAUUGAAUUAUUCAAUAAAAGUGCAAAACUGGUUAACUUUUUACCAAGUGGAGGACCUCGGUUUUGAUAUAAAACUGAUUUGCUUAGCGAAAACUCUGAAUACAAACCAUAAACAGGUUUCCAGUUAGUUUCCUUUAGACACAUAGAGUAGGCUGCCUAUCCAUAUAUGAGUAUAAAAUUAAAUUUAAAGGGUCAGAUUCCUCCCUUGCUUAUGCUCCAUGCAAUCCUAUUGAUUUUUUUGAGCAGAUGGUAAAGGCACAAUUUGGAUCAGAAUGUAUUUUUAAAAGAAAUGUAUUAAUAUAAUAAAGAGACAUACAAUCCAUGUGAAGUCUCAUAUAUUUAAAAAAAUAGAAGACGUUUCAAAUAGUACCUUUUAGCUGCACUUUCAGUCUGAGGGAUUUGACAAUCACAGGGUCCUUUCUCUUAAAUUAAUUUAAUUAAUUAAGAAUCUAUUUCUCCCUCUAUUACUGUGUGAAAGACCCAUCCAAACAACAAAGGAAACUAAUUAUAUAGGGGAAGCAAACCAACCAAUUAUUUAAAAAAAACCCAACUGAUUAUUUAAAAAAAAAAAAGUAAAAUACCUGACGUAAAAAAACAGGGAGGCAAAGUGGAGGAAUAGAAGAAAUAUUUUCUUCACAUCUUUCUCAGUUACAUUAAUCAUAGAUUGUAAUACUAGUUAUGCCCCUUUAAAAUGUUGAUGCUGCAAUAUACUUUCUUUACUAAGUGCUGAACAUCUUUUGUAAUAAUGCUGUCUAUUUACGGAUCUGAAUAAAAUUCCGAC